ACGUAACUCUCCAUCAGCACCCACGGAACAGUCGCAGCCAUUUUACUCCGCCAAAUAAACUUCAAUCUCACUCCCGGAGGGGAGCGAAACAUCAGUUGUCAACUACGGAUAUAACACCAUGAACGUUAAGUCGGACAUCCUGAGCUAUCCAGUGUUCUCUUGUUGGUAGCGACCACACUCAACCUGAAGGACGGUGAUCUGUAGUACAUACUUCCUGUUUCCCCGGGACACCUUGAACAUCUCCAACUUCCCUCCUGAAGCUGGAUGGAGCCCCAGGCUUCCCAGGGGCUCCUCGGAGCUGAAGGGAUGUGUCUGCUGGUGCCCAGUCCACAGAGUGAAGCAGUGACCCAUGAAAUGGAGGAGUUGUCACUGCAGCCCACCCAGAACCUGCCCCCGCUCAACGAACGCAAAAACGUGCUGCAGUUGAGACUUCAGCAAAGGCGAACCCGGGAGCAGUUGGUGGAUCAGGGCAUCAUGCCACCACUAAAGAGCCCGGCUGCGUUUCAUGGGCAGAUUCGCAGCUUGGAGAGAGCUAGGACUGAAAAUUUUCUUAAGCAUAAGAUCCGCAGUCGUCCAGAAAGAGCAGAACUGGUCAGGAUGCAUAUCUUGCAAGAGACUGGAGCUGAGCCAUCACUACAGGCCACCCAGAUGAAAUUGAAAAGGGCCCGACUGGCUGACAACCUGAAUGAAAAAAUAGCCCAGAGACCUGGUCCCAUGGAGCUGGUUGAGAAGAACAUAUUGCCUGUGGAUUCAAACCUUAAAGAGGCCUUAAUAGGGCAGGUGAACUAUCCAAAGGUCAUGGAUGAGGACAGCAGUGAUGCGUUGUCCCCAGAGCAGCCUGCCAGUCAAGAAUCUCAGAGCUCUCUGCCCUCACCAGGGGACAUCAAAUGCCAACAACCUCCCUCGCCAGCCCUACCUCCUCCAGGCCCCAUUUUGAAGCAGUCCCCCUCAGCUGCUACACAAUCCACCAUAGACUUGAUGAGGGUGAUCACUACUAAUGAGCAGCCUACAAGCCGCCCAACCAUUUCCCAUUGUCAACCGGUCACUACAGUCGCUUCCUCUAAGCCAGGUCCAACCUUGGUAAAACAAAGUCAGCACAAGAUGCCCUCUGAGAAGAUCCGCAGUAAGAAAGGCAAAGAUGCCAAACCCAGAGUAAAAAAGCUAAAGUACCACCAGUAUGUUCCACCAGACCAGAAGCAAGAGCCCAGUGAGGCCCCGAUGGACUCCUCCUAUGCCCGACUUUUGCAGCAACAGCAGCUUUUCCUGCAACUGCAAAUCCUCAGCCAGCAACAGCAACACUACAACUAUCAGACUAUAUUACCAGCCCCACUCAAGCCUGUGGCAGAAGGCCAGUGCAGUAAUGGCAGCGGUAUACCAGCGUCGAUUGUGGUUUCUUUGCCCACUGCACCUCCACUUCCCCCAAUGCCUCUGGCCCGGCAGAAUAACUCAUUAUCUAACCGCAAACCCGGAGUCUUGCCUGCCAACCUGGAGGAGAUGAAGGUGGCCGAGCUUAAAUUGGAGCUAAAACUGCGUGGCCUCCCUGUGUCAGGAACUAAAACAGAUUUGAUUGAAAGACUCAAGCCCUUCCAGGAUCUUACCAGCUCCACAGCUCCCAACACUAUUCCCACACCUUCCACUACCACAUUCACUGCUAUCCCCAUGGAGACUACCACUACCAGCCCUGCCAUUGUUCAUCCAGUCCAGCAAGGAACUUCUGAGAACAUGAGUGCCACACCUCCAGUCUCCCCUAUUCCCAAUGAUCCAUUCAUUCUCCACCAGGAUGCCAGCACAUCUCAAGUUAAACAUGAAAUACAGUUGGUAUACUCUGGCUCAAAAGUGCCAGGCUCCUCAGCUCUCCCAACCUUGCCCGGGCCAGAGAAGGACAGGAGGCUCCAUGAGAAGGAGCGACAAAUUGAGGAGUUGAUGAGGAAGCUUGAGCAGGAGCAGAAGUUGGUGGAGGAGCUCAAAAUGCAGCUGGAGGUUGAGAAGAGGAGUCAGAGCAGCUAUGCCACUGAUAGUACCACCGUAGCCUCAAAGCUCAGUACAGUUUCAGGUUCCAUGAUCCCUUCUUCAACAGUCCUGAACGUAAACACUGUAAAACCAGAGAAAACAGUCUUAAGAAACUGCUCUCCAACUUCCCCUCCUAACUCUAUCCUGGGCUCCCAGACUCUUACUAAUCCACUGCAAACUGUGGUCAAGUUGGAGGAUGUGACUGUUUCUUCUGGAAAGCCAAUCGAGCUGCAAUCCCAAACACAGCUCAUCACCAAAACCCAGGCCCAAGUAAGCACUAGCCCACAGCUUCUCUGUCAUUCCCAUAGAAGCCCCAAGUUCAAGACGCAACCACAGUCUCAACCCACCACCCCUACUUUGCAGCAGUUCUUCAUCAGCCAUCCUGGCGGGGUGUCCCAGGUGCUUGGUCAACCCCAGACCUUGUUAACCACUUCUGGGCAACCUCCAACUCUCCUGACAGCAAGUGGCCAGACUGGAACUCAGAUCCUCCUCCCUGUGUCACUACCUAACAAUGCCACCACCAUCCAGCUGCCAAGCACAACCGUCAAUCUGCAACAUGUCCUUCAGGCUAAUUCCUCAAAUCCAGGCCUCAUCCCGGCAUCUAUUCCUCAUCUCCAGAGCACCAAAAUGGAGAUGUUAGCCAACCACAACUCAUUGCUGCAGACUUUGACUAUGUGCAAGAAUACAAGUGACAUGGAAAACCACACUCAGCCUGAGAUAAAUCCCCGGUGUUUUCUGAGGAGCUCCCCAGAUAUAAGGGCCUCUCCUCAGCCCUCACCCAACCACGUCAGCAAUGGACCGCUCAAUAAGUCUUCCUCUCCACAGCCCACCUUCAUCCUCCAACCUGACUGUAUUCUAUCACAGCCUCCAAAGACACGAGAGCCUCCUCGCUAUGAGGAGGCUGUUAAGCAAACCCGCAACUUGCAUGUGAACAAUGUUUCACAGGUUGCCACAGCAACAAGUCAGCAGAUGGAUGACUUGUUUGACAUUCUCAUACAAAGUGGAGAAAUCACUCCAUUCAUCCAGCACGACUCUGCAGUCUCUCUCACCAAGACCCAGCCGGUCACUGCCAAUAUCACCACCCUUCCAGUCAACACCGUCCUCUCCAGACACCCUCCUCAGAUCCAGGUGGCCCCUCCCCCAAUCUUGAGUCCCACCAUCGACCCUAGCCUGCCUAACCUGUCCUCACUAGCCACCGACAACCAGCUGGAGGCCUUUCUGGAGAGGACGCUGGCCGACACAACGGCGGCAUCCGACCCUCGCACCCGGGGACUGAUGGAGGAAUUGCAGGCACAGCUGAUGGACCAUCAACCCUACUCGCCCAUGGAUACAUCUGACAUGUCCUUCUGCAACUCCUCCUCACCUCCUUCCUCUCUCAAUAUGGGUCUGUCCGAUCCAGCCCUGGACAACAUGGAGUGGCUGGACCUCACCAUGCCACCCGGUCCUGGUGGGGCUCUCACGCCGCUCGGAAUGCCGACAGACUUCCUGGAUACUCAUGACCUGCAUCUGCACUGGGAUUGACAGGUGAAUAUGAGAAUAGCAAGGGAAAAGUAGUUGAGAUGGAGAGCACGAAAGUGAAAGCGAAAUCCCGAAAUAUACACCACCACACCACUACACAGGCAGUGCACUGAUUCAUAUGGAAUGACAAGCAGGAGAUUGCACAGCUUUAAAUGAUGUCACUUGUCGUAUUAUUAUCGGAGGGGGAUUGGGGGGCAUAAGGAGUAACGACUCUUGUUUAGCGAGGUAAAGAAGAUUUGGAACCAAAGGAAAUCCGGUAACAAGGACUUUUUGUACAUAAUACGUCCUCCAGGAUGUCUUGGCCUGGCUCAUCUUAUCCAUUGCAGGAUUAUCAACCAGCAGUGGUAGUGAUAGCUGCUGUAUAAAAUGAGGUCGUUCCAACGCGACGACAGGAAAAAAAAAAAAAGGUGAUACUGACCACUUCCUGACCCAUACUGCAUGUUUGCCGACUUAUCAAAUGUGACUUGUUACACUGUUAUAACGCUGAUGAAUCAAUUGCGGUGGAGGUAGGAAGCUAUGAAAAGCAGGUUGAGCAUUUUAUUCAAUAUUCUUCAUAUCCAUCUUAAGGCCCAUGUAGUAGUAUGAACUUUGUCCUUACGAAUAUAACAAUUCAGUACACUAGUGGAAUUAUCAUACUAGGAAUAUGUUUUUCAAUAAAUGCUCUGAAGGCUUUAUGGAAAGCCAUUUUAGAAUCUAUCCAAUAUUGAGGUUGAGGAAAAAUGUUUUAAAAUAAGUACUGUAAUAUGUUUUCAGUAGAAAAAGAUAAAUUCAUUAGUGUAAUAACAGUGUAGUAACCAAAGACAAAAAGUAUAGUAGGAUAUCGAAUAAAUGCUCGAGCAGCUUUCCACAUGAUGCCUCUGACCACACAGGAGCUAUGCACUAAAGAGGCGCGGCGUCGUCGCCUCAAAACUACGCUAAUGUGAACUCUGCAUAUCACAAGUUGCUCCGCAACGCUCAACAGUGAUUGUGAUCAGCGCCGCUUGGGAUCACGAGGCUGAUCGUCUUUUAGAGAUUUGUCAUUGGGUCUCUUGUUUUUGAAUGUAUUCUGCAAAGGUGACAGGAAAAAAAAGGUUUUACUCAUAAUGCCGGCAGCUUUCGUGACCAACAAUUGAGGAAAGGGAACAAAUACCAAUUGCGCUUUCAGUCAGUGUGGCUUACGUGGUUUACGUCACAUCAGUUAUCCAUGAUGUAUUUGGAAAAGUUGACUUCCAUAUCUGCCCUACCCCUACAUUGUGUCUGUGUACGUGUGUAGCAUCAGGUUGGGGAUGAUGCGCCACCAACUUGUCACGUGACCAAUUAUUGUUGCAGGAAUGAGAAUACAGUGGAACCUCUAAGGUUGAACACGGGCCAUUUUGUGAUGCUGGUUGACUCACAAUUUAAAAUUUCAAGUGAUUUAGUCUGUCCCAGAGACAAAGUGUGACCAUCAUGACGUUUUUCCUUACUGUGUAGGACACGGGUAUCAAGCUGGGGCACAUAUGAGUUGACACUUUUUUUUUUUUUUUUUGUGGCCCGUGAAAGCGAAUCAUGUCAACUUCCAUGAUUCUUGCUAUAAUCUGUACCGUAAUUUCAAAUUGUCAUCAUAAUGUUGAGUUCAUGCAAGCAAUUCUUACCGAAUUUGUUUUUACAGUGAUUUGAACAUUAUACCAGGUAUUUUCCUUGACUUCUGAUUUUUUUUUUAUUUAUUUAUUUUUUUAAACAAGUUCUCCAUCAAUUUUUGUGCAUGUCUAUUAAUAUAAAGAGGAGGGUAACCAUUUAUAUGGUUUCGAAGUUCUGAUUCUGACCCACCUGCAACAGUUAACUCUCUGUGAUAUAGGUAUAGCCCAUAUUAAAAAAAAAACACUUUGAUUAACAAGCCAUUAAUAUUACGACUGUAUACAGCCAGUUUUGCUGUAGUCUUUUAUUGUAAUUACUGUCAAUUAUUAAUUGUCCUGUUAUCAUUCGACUAUUUCCUUUUGUCAUUGUCACUUUCCUGUGCUGAUGUCAUCAUAUAAAAUAGAAAAAGAUAAAUGUAACCUUUUGUGAAAAAAAAUUUACAUCUCUGGUCUUCCCCAUUUCACCGUAGAGGUUUCCACUGUGCUUUAAAAUUUGACCUGGACCGGUCUGGAAGGCAAAAUGUGUCCAAUUGUGUCUUUCUGCAUGUGUGUUGUCUUUUCGUCUUGAUGUGCAUGAUUGUCCUCCAGUCUUGUCGUGUCAACAAAACAUGCUACCACGAUCAAAUUGUUUCCGAAUCGGUAAGAAAAAGGCUUCUAACGACUUUUCUUGGCUGUUUGUGGUCCAAACCUGUGCAGACACCCUGAGAAGUGUCAGCAAAGAGGGCUGUGCUAUUUUUUAAACCUUGUCUGCGCUGUAUAUGCAAGAUAGUGAGCAUCACACAUCCACAUCAGUUCCAGUCUGAAUCUGCUUCCUACCCCUCAUCUCGUAACACUUGUUCUGUUCUUACGUUCGUGACCACUAGAGGGCGCCACUACGAUUGGGUUUCAACUGCACCAUUCCAAAGGAUACAAAUUGUUUUAAGGUGGAUUUGCACAGAGCUUACAAUUCUGAUUUAAUGUCUGGGUUUGUUUGUUUUUUGUUUUGUUUUUUUUCUAUUUCCAGGUACUGUAUAUAUCAAGUGGCACUCAUCAGACAUGGCUGUAUUUUCAUUGCAUGAAUACAACUCCUAAAGUGUCAAAACCUGCCAGUGAAAUUGGAGAAUAAUACAUAAAUAUAAAACAUCAUGUACAGUUAAGAUGGCCAGG